UUCAAUCGGAACUAACUAAUACUAGUAAUAAUUACCGUAAUAUAUACAUAGAUCACACUUUAUAAAAGAGAAAAGGGCAAUAAUGUGGCCUAGAGAAGGCGGUGGAUAUUUCGUCAAGGAUGAGAUUGAGCCGUUGACUCACGUGGAACGACAAUUUGAAGAACGAUAUAGGAUAACUUUGAUGUUCCUGAAGGGUUUGCCAGGAUUGUACAAGAAAGAGAACAUUAAGAUGAAGAUAGACAAAAAGAAGAGGAUAGUGAGUGUUGUAGGGGAAUCACAGGAAGAGAAUACAAAAUAUAAAGAUGUGUGGUUGCGCUUCCAGCGCGAUUUCCCAAUUCCGGAGGAUUGUGACAUGGAAAAAAUUAUUUAUGAUGAUCGUAGUGACCAGUUCAUCAUAGUUCACAUGCCAAUUAUUCCCAAACAAAUGGAGAAAUCUAAAUCCAUUGAUGAUGAUGAUCAACUAAACACCACUUCGAGCAGUAAUGAGAGCCAAAGGAAAGCCUCAAUGCCGCCCCAAGAGCCCGAUCAUGGAAAUGAAUUUACCACACCUAAGACAACGACGAAUAAUGAUGUUCGAGGUGGAAUUGUUCAUCCCGAGCACCCCGAUACUCCGACCCGACACAAUGAUGGAAAUGAUGUUCAAGGUGGAAUCGUUCAUUCUGAGCGUCCCAACACUCCGGCCCGACACAAUGAUGGAAAUGAUGUUCAAGGUGGUAUCAGUGAGGGGGUACAGCAAAAACAGCCGCCACUCAAAACCACUCUCUUAAUGAAUGCCUUUAUUGGUUUGCUUGUGGUUCAUGAACUUGUGGCUCAGAUAUAUGACCAUAUUGUGUGGAUGAUUUAUAAGAAAUUAGACUAAUCAAAAGUAACGUCUUUAUCAAUUUCAUAUGUGUAUUUACGUACAUGGGCUAUUGCAUUUAGCUAGUUUCGAGCUGCCUCAAAUGUACAUAGUAAAGUCGUUCAUUAUUAUCACUAAAUGAAGCUAAUAUAAACACAAAUCUUUGUUUAUAUACUCCGCAUGUAUCAU